AUGGCCGACGCAGAGCUCAAGACCGCGCACGCAGACAGAACUGAGCACCGUGGCCUCAACAAGCACAGUCUGGGCCAUGUGCGCCUGCGCAAUGAGCAUACAAACGAGAUCAUCUUGAGCCCGGCGCCGUCGCUGGACCCUAACGAUCCACUCCGAUGGUCCACCGGGUACAAGGUCUACAUCACAAUCCUCGUCUCGCUCACAAUGAUUAUGUGCAACUUCAUGGCCGCCGGUCCGACAGUCGCCAUGGUCGAGGUGGCCACCGAUUUCAAGCAGGGGGGCGACACCGAUUUGAACGACUGGAUUAGUCGCGCUGCGUACUUCUUCAAUAAUAGUGCUCUGCUCCAGGGCGUGUCGACGUUAUUCUGGGUCCCGCUGCUGAACAAGUAUGGACGGAGACCAAUUUACAUCUCAGCUUACAUCUUGUAUUUCUUCAUGAUACUUGGGGCUGGGUUGGCGAGGACGUAUGCGGGUGAGAUCACGACAAGGACUAUCCUUGGGAUUGGAGCUGGGGCAGGGGAGUGUCUGGCUCCGGUUACUAUUGCUGAUGUGUUUUAUCUUCAUCAGCGUGGUUACGGGAUGGCGAUAUACAACGCAGCCCUAAGUGCAGGAGUUUCAUUCGGCAUCAUCGUCGCCGGCCUAGUAUCUAUCAAGCACGACUGGCGCACAAUCUACUGGGUAGGCUGCGGGCUCGUCGGAGUCCUCAUCAUCGUGGUCAUCCUCUUCUUCCCCGAAACAGCAUACAAUCGUGCUGGGAACCCGCUGGCCGAGCGCGCAGACGAGGUCCACAAACCAGAAGCCACCACCUUUAAAGAAGCAUCUCUUCCCCCGAUCCCGCCAAAGAGGACGUACGUCGAAGGCCUCCGCUUCUGGUCUGGUAAGACGUACACCGAUGAGUCUUUCUGGCGCAUGUUCAUCCGCCCGUUCGGCCUCAUCCUCAUGCCCCCUGUCUUCUGGGCUACGAUUGUCAUGUCGGUGACGAUUGGGUUCCUGGUGGCGGUUUCAUCUAACUUUGCCUCGGCAUUCAGCACUACAUAUGGCUUUGAGGCAUGGCAGUCUGGGCUGUGUUUCAUUGCAGGCUUGGUAGGUUGUCUGUUUGGCACGUUCGCUGGCGGGCCAUUCUCAGACUGGGUUGCGGACUACUUCACCAAGCGUAAUGGGGGAAUCCGUGAGCCGGAGAUGCGAUUACCAGCGAUUAUCCCUAGUAUCAUUGCAGCGCCACUGUCGCUAUUACUGUAUGGGUUUGGGAUUGCGAAUCAGUGGCACUGGAUCGUGCCGACUAUUGGGCUGGGACUAUUAACCUUCGCCAUCGCACAAGGAACAAACGUCUCCUUCGUAUACUGCGUGGACUCCUUCCGGCCUGUCGCGGGAGAAGUCACCGUCACUCAGCUAGCCUUCAAAUCCUGCUUCGGUUUUCUCCUCUCUUUCUAUACAAACCGCUGGAUCGAAAAGUCCGGAUACGCAGCCGCGUUCGGUGCCAUGGCGGGGAUAUCCGGUGGAUGUCUGCUAUUCUUCAUUCCAUUGUUCUUCUGGGGGAGGUCGAUUCGACAUGCCGCCUUGAAGUGGCCCUUUGUGCAGUUCGUGUUUUGGAAAGAUGAUAGGGAGGUUGGAGAGUGA